AAUGACGGCUGCUACAAUUAUCCUGUUGCUUUACUCUGCACGGAAGAAUCUGACUGGGCUUCGACUGACUACUCACAGAUUUAUAAUGGACGUAUGUCUGCUUCAGAUCGACAUCCGACGAAUAGAGCACUAGGAUCAUAGUAUCUGCAAUCAGGUAUAGUGCCGCAGGUUUCGCCUCUCGAUGUAAACCGCUUCAAUACGGCCGUUGACCUCAAUAAGGCCCAUAUCAACCAUUGUCGCCAUUCCUAAUGCGAAAUACUCGCACACUCAUGCCGAACGGAAAUGGCCACCCUUGACUCCCUAAAGCGGGCCCUUCGGCGAAAAACCAGAGCAACGGCAUCGUCCUCGAAGCAGCCCUUGUCCGACUCACAGUACAGCGCCGGCUUCGAUAUCUUGCUCCGAGACUCGGGAUGGGUGACAUACCGGGAUUUUAUCAUCCCUCAACUAUCUCAGCUGCUAAGCCUUCUCGUUAACUCGCGUGUCCAUAUCUCGGCACUAGAAAUCGGACCGGGCCCGAAGAGCCUCCUUGGACAUCUUCCCAGCGGUCUAAAACGGAAGGUCAGGAGAUACACUGCAUUCGAGCCCAAUGGCUUGUUUGCUACGAGGUUGGAAGAAUGGCUUAGCUCGGCCCCCGAGUCAGAGUCCCCGCUGCCCUGUCUGGAAAGGGCGCCCGACAUCCACCGAAUUCCCUUCGUCCUGGACGACAACAUAGGUAGCGUUACCGGUACCGGUACGAGUGAUGAGGAAAAAUACGAUAUCAUCCUAUUCUGCCACAGCAUGUAUGGCAUGAAGCCCAAACACAGGGUGAUCGAACGUGCGCUAGAAAUGCUUGUUAAGCGGCCACAAGGCGGAGUGGUCGCGAUUUUCCAUCGCGACGGGGCCCUGGACCUCGACGGCUUGGUGUGCUAUCGAACGGCUUCUUUCCCUACCGGAGUCGUUCGCGUGGCAAAUGACGACGAGGUACUAGAUAGUUUUGCUCCUUUCGUCGCGGGGUUUGUCGUGCAGGACGUGGACGUGGACAAGGCUAUCCGAGUUGAGUGGCGUAAGGUGUGCCGCGCCUUGAGCCGUCGCGAGGAUGCCUAUCCAGAUCAUCUCUUGUUCAGCGCGCCCAACGUCAUGGCGGCCUUUACCCAACAUGCGACCACGUUGCCAGAGCUGACGGCGCAGGUGCCAUUGGUGAAAGAGGGCAAGAUAGUUAAAAACCGGGAGGCUCGCCUUCACCGCCCCGCCUCGAUUAUUAGGCCGACAGAGGUCCGACACGUCCAGCAGUGCGUUCAAUGGGCUCUUAAGCACGGGGUCGGCCUGACCGUCGUCGGUGGGGGUCACAGCGGCCAUUGUCUCUGGCCCAACGUUGUUUCGGUCGACAUGGGCGCCUUUGAUCAAGUACACAUUGUCUCAGCGGGGGAGGAUGGAGGGGAUUCUGGUUCCGAUUCUGGUUCCUUGGUCGUCGCCGAGGCCGGCUGCAAGACGGUGGAUAUCGUCCGCAAGGCCAUGGCGGCGGGUGUGACAGUGCCCCUAGGGGCUCGCCCAAGUGUCGGUGCGGGGCUGUGGCUACAAGGCGGCAUCGGGCACCUGGCUAGGUUGUAUGGGCUCGCGUGCGACGCCAUUGUAGGUGCCAUUAUGGUUAGCGUCGACUCUAGCCAGGUCCUCUGCGUCGGCCAUGUACCAAGCCAACACCGGCCGGCCGGUGCCGUUCGCCCAGAUAACGAACCCGAUCUAUUAUGGGCGAUGAAAGGCGCCGGGACCAACUUUGGCAUCGUGGUCAGUGUGAUUUUCAAGGCUUACACAGCUCCGACCUACCUGACUCGAAACUGGGUUGUCCCGCUAAGUGACAACCUCGAGGCCCGGUUCAGACUCAGUGACUUUGAUAAACUCGUCGCCAGGAAGCUCCCCCGGAGCUGUUCUGCAGACGCGUAUCUGUACUGGGACGCUGGCCAGCUGCGUCUUGGCAUGACCAUGUUCGAAUCUUUCACGACAAGGCUCACCUCUGCAAAACCCACGCUCACGCCUGUAGGUGAAAUUUGGGGGCCGGGAGACGAUUCCAAGGCCGUAGACGGCAUCGGUUUGUUUGAGGGCGAGAUGUACAUGUCCGGGAUGCACGGCGGGCACGGCAGCGGCAAGACCUCCUCGUUCAAGAGAUGUUUAUUUUUAAAAAACAUCGGAGAAGCGAACGUCGCCGACCGAUUGGUGGCGGCCGUUGGGACUCGUCCCUCGCCACUCUGCUAUCUCCAUCUCUUGCAAGGUGGCGGAGCGGUCGGCGACGUUGCGGCCGAUGCCACUGCUUUCGGCUGUCGGGACUGGGACUUUGCCUGCGUGAUAACUGGUGUCUGGCCCUGCGACCAAGAUGGUACCGAAGCCGCACUAUCUGCCGUGCGGUGGGUUUACAACGUCGCCGGGGACUUGUUGUCCCUGAGUAGCGGAGCUUACGGCGCCGACCUUGGGCCGGACCCCAGAGACGCCGUGCUGGCGGCCAAGGCUUUUGGACCGAACCGGCCGCGCCUGGCCCGUCUCAAACACAGCUUGGACCCGCGUAAUGUACUGGCUUAUGCCUGCCCACUCCCGAAAGUGCAGAUGCAACAGAAGCUUAUCAUUCUUGUCACGGGCGAAAGCUGCGCCGGCAAGGACUAUUGUGCCGACGUCUGGGUCUCCGUGUUCAUGAAAAGCGCUCACAAAAGCCUCACGGCGCGUGCGGUCAGCAUUAGCGAUGCGAUCAAGCGAGAAUACGCGGCGGCUACCGGUGCCGACUUGAGCCUCCUGCUUGGGAACCGUGCCUACAAGGAGCAGCACCGCCCGGCGCUCACGACAUAUUUCCGAGAACGGGCGCGGCAACGUCCUCGGCUGCCACAGGAACAUUUUCUGAGCGUCGUGUCUGGCGCCGUCGACGUGGACGUGCUGCUAAUCACCGGGAUGAGGGACGAGGCGCCGGUCGCAACCUUGUCGCAUUUGGUGCCAGACAGCAGGCUUAUCGAGGUUCACGUCCAAGCGAGUGAACAGACGCGGCGGGUUCGCCGAGGGUGCCACAUCGGUGACAACGGUGGUGAUGACUACGGUGACGACAACAAGGACAACAACAGUCGCAAGUCGAGUUCAACAGCUUGGGAUUACUGUCAUAGUUUCACCAUCGACAACGACACGACCGGGAAUAAGGCGGCAACACGGUUUGCCGAACGAUACCUGCUUCCCUUCCUCCACGAGGACCUGCAGCGACUGGCCGACAUGGUGCGCCAGAUACCCGACUACCCGCGCCAAGGCAUCGAGUUCUGUCACGUGCUCGGCAUCGAGUUCUGUCACGUGCUCGGCAUCUCCCAGAAGCCCGGUGGGCUGGCCCUGUGUACGUCGCUGCUGAAAACCCACUUCGCCGGUGACUGGGCCAAAGUCGAUGCGGUGGUGUGUUGCGAGGCCGGCGGGUUUGUCUAUGCGUCGGCGUUGGCCUCGUGGGUCAAUGUGCCAUUGGUGCUGACUCGGGGCGCUGGCAAGCUCCCUCCACCCACCGUGUCGGUUAUCAAGCUCUCAUCGCAUAUCUCUUCUUUAGAAUCCAACGAUUCGACGGAGAAGCGGAUCGAAAUGGAACGGGAUGUCCUACCCAGGGGGGGUUUCGUGGUAGUGGUAGACGAUGUACUCUCCACCGGGAAGACGCUCUGUGCGGUGUUACAGCUUCUGGAUAAAGAUGGAAUCGGCUCCGAUGAUGUCAGCAUAAUGACCGUGGCCGAGUUUCCGGUUCACCGUGGCCGGGAACUAUUGCGCCGGCGUGGGUUUGGCAGAAUCAAUAUUCAAAGCCUUUUAGUCUUUGGCGGUGCUUAGCAAAGGACGGAAAAGAUCUUAGAGAGAGAGAGAGAGAGAUUCAUACGCCCGUCAGGCCUCUCUGUGAGGCCCAUGUGGGGAACUAGCUAGGAUGACUAAUUACAUGAUGGUUGCCUUGUGUCUAGUGCCUGGAGGAACGAAGUGCCUGGAGGAACGAAGUGCCGUAAGGUCUGAGUGCCUGGAGGAACGAAGUUCCGUAAGGUCUUUGUGGACGCCUGAGGGCCAACUUUUCUCCCAACUCAAACUUAAAUCACAUGAUAUUCACGUGAGUUUCACGUGAUUUCCGUUCCUUCACCCCAACCUUCGUCGACAUCGCGAUCGCCG